CGUUCCUCUCAGACAUGUGGCUCUGUCACUCAGCUGCAGAGCACCAGCACACACUGAUUUUCCACUGUGUCUUCUUUUGCCCUCCUCUUCCUCGUCUGCAGCCGGGACCUGAACACUAUCCCUGACUCGGGUGGAGGUUAAUUACCAUUUUACGAGAGGUUUGGAGUAGUUUAAAAUCUUUCAAAAUGGCACCAAUGAGAGCCUGGUCACUCGGGCUCCUGCUGGUCCUCCUGUGCUCCCCCCAAAUUCCCCUUCCUGGUGCGGUGAGUGCUCAGGAUGUGGAUGAAGAGGAGGAAGAUCAACAUGACAAGCAUACUGAAGAAGAUGAAGCUGAGUCUGAAGAUGCCAGCGAAACAGAUGAAGAGAUAAGUAAGGAGAAGGAGGAUGAAGCUGGAACUGAUGAUGAGGAGUUGGAAGAAGAAGAGGAGGAAGAAAAUGCAACAGAAGAAGACGAGGAAGAGGAGACUGCCGAUGAUGACCAGGAAGAGGAGGAGGAGGAGGAGGAGGAGGAGGAGGAUUCAGUGAAGGAAGAGGAGGCCUCUGAUGACAAUUCAGAAGAAGAGGAAACUUCUGAUGAGGAAGAGGAAGCAGGGGAGGAUGAGGAAGAAGAUGAGGAUGAGGAGGCUGUAGAGGAAAAUGAGGAUGAAGAGGCUGCUGAAAAUGAAGAUGAAGAUGAAGCAGAAGCUAGUGAGGAUGCCGUGCAGGAAAAUGAAGCGGAUUCGGAUGAAGAGGAAUCUGAAAAUGAAGAGGAGGAGGAUGACAACAACGAGGAACAGAUAGCUGAUGAAGAGGAGGUUGGCACAGCCGAAGAAGCAGAAGAUCACACCAAUGAGGAUGACUCUGAUGAAGAGGAGAUCCGCGGUGACACAGAGGAAGAGGAGUCACAGAGUGACAGCAAGCAGUUCCACUCCAGCUCUCUGUGUAGUGUUUGCUCCGUAUGUGAGCACUGCUCCAGCUGUGAUAAGUGUCCGUGUGAAGAGGGUGAUGAGUCGGACCAUUGUCAACACUGUGAUAUCUGCUCGUCAUGCUACGUUUGCCCCAUUCUGUGUGACACAGUUUGCACUCCAGGUGGCCUCGUUGAUGAACUAAGUGGAUCCAUCUUUCAGACUCUUUCGUCAUUACUUUGAGGAGGAUGCUGUCGUCCAGCUGCUCUCACACAUCAGCAGCAGUGAACUCGUCACUCAUUUAGCACUCAAAUAAAUUAUUUACUUUAGACAUUUUAAUUGUUUUUUCUGGGUUUUUAAUGUUCUUUAGUUGGGGGAUUUGAACGAUGCUAGCAGCAAAACAGACAAAUUAAGCUUGAGCUACAGGAAAAAACAAGUAAAAUUAGCACAUUUGAAUGGAGAUUUUAAGAAAACUAAACCCAAAACACAUUUUUUUAUUGAGAUUCUGUUUUAUAAAGACUUUGGGAUGCCUCACAGGAAACUGCAGUGUAGGUUUCAGCACCAAAAAGGGAUUUUUAGAAACCUUUGAGCAUUGAAUAUAUUCCAAUCAACUCUCUUUUGAGGAAUUUUUGUUCCUCUUUGCAUCUAAACAAAAUGAUUAUGAGGAGCAUUAAUGAGUUUUGUGGACAGUUAACCAGUUGUGUGGUGCGUUUUUCUGUAAUUUCUCCAACAAUUUCAGCUCUUAUUAAUAAUAAAGGGAACUUUUUCGGCAAAAAGAGAAGCGGAUGGAUUGAUCUGGGUCAUAACCUUAGAAAAGUGUUUUAAAAAUCUAGUUCUACGUUUUUAGCAUUAAAUUAAAGCAACUUUUACACCGAAAUGUUAAAAAACCUGCAACAUUUACUCCUAACCGAGCAGAAAAAAUGAGAUAAAUUACAAAAAAUAAAGGACAAAAGCCACUUUAGGAAGAAACCUCCAUCAGCAGAAGGUUUGUUAUCCAGUGAAGGUUUGUUUUUAGUAACAAUAAAGUCUUCUUUGUUAAAUAGGAACUGGAAGCAAAAACAGGACAGAGUCUUCUGUGCAUGUCCCAUAAAUAUAAACAGAGACAGGGGUUUGUGCCAGGAAAACUAACUUUUUCUCUGUGAAACUUUUGACAAAAUAUCAGUGCAGAAAUAAGCUGUAAAGUGAGAUCAUGACCCCUGUUAUCUGCUUUUUAAACGAGAAAUUUAAAAACAAAAUCAGGGGAGAGGUUCGACUAGAUCACGAGGAGGUGAAGGACAGAAACCGGUUCAUUAGGCAGAGGAUGCAAACACAAACAGAAGUCAUAUUACUCUAAACAGUCGUGACACGUAACCCAACGACAAGAGAAAGUGAUCAAAAAUCUACCUUAUUUCUUAUGUUUUUAUUUUACUUUAUUACGUUUUCUGAGUCAAAUACUUAAAUAGAUUAAAAAACAUAAAUGAAUGCAUUGCAAACUUUCAGAAUGUUAAUUAAAGUGGAAUUAAAAAAGCACAAACUGAGUUAGAGCUGCCAAAUAAAUUAUAUAAUAAAAGAAAACAUGGAAAAUCACCUCCUGUUACAGCAGUGAGCCUUCACAAAAGCUUCAUUAACCUUUUCAGGUAUCCGUUUGCUGCACCCUCCAUACCUUAAAAGGAUGAAAGUGACCUGCUUGACAUGUUGUUUUGGAACCAGAAACUGAUGUAUGUUCGCCUUUUGUCGUCCACUUUUUUUUUGUUCGCUGAGACAAUAAUAAAAAGAAAUAUCCCAUGA